AUGGUUACCGGCGAACUCUGUUUCGUGACGGUGAUUCUGUUGCAGGUCAGUUUGGGCGUGUCCAUGAAUGUUUUCCUCCUCCUCUUUUAUGCCCACUUGACCUCCCCCGGCCACAGGCUCGGUUCCUCCGACUUGAUCUUUGCCCAUCUGGCCUUGGCCAACACCCUGAUCCUUCUCACCUACGGAGUUCCGGAGAUCAUGCUGGCGUGGGGGCUGCGAGGUUUCCUGGACGCCGUCGGUUGUAAAAUCCUCAUGUACCUGUACCGGGUGGCCCGGGGCCUGGCCAUCUGCACCACCUGCCUCCUGAGCGUCUUCCAGGCCGUCACCGUCAGCCCCGGCACCUCCCGGUGGGCCCGGGUCAAGGCCAGGUUACCCGAGUGCAUCGUCCCCUGCUGCCUCCUCUCCUGGGUCAUCAAUAUGCUCGUGGAUUUCGAUACGCUGCUGGAUAUGACCAGCCCCCAGAACGGGAGCAGCGUCUACAUAGUCCUGGACCUCAAAUACUGCUCAAAAAUCAGCCUCGGGGCGGAAUCCACCCUGGCCAUCGCGGUGGUCCUCCCGCUCCGCGACCUGUUCUUCGUAGGCCUCAUGAGCUUGGCCAGCGGCUACAUGGUGCUCGUCCUGCACAGGCACCACCGGCGGGUCCGGCUCCUCCACGGGCCCGGGCGGGCCGCCGGGGAGAUGCCCGAGGUGCGGGCGGCCAAGAGGGUCGUCGCCCUGGUCACCCUCUACGUCCUCCUCUACGGACGGCAGUCGGUCACCCUGAGCGCUUUAAUCAACAUGAAGGUCAAGUCUCCUCUGCUGAUGAAUUGCCACACGCUGUUGGGAUUCACCUUCUCGGCGGUCAGCCCGCUCCUCGUGAUCCGCAGCGACCGGAGGAUGGGGUUGUUCUGGAGAAAGCAGAUCUGUUUCCAACCCAGAUCCCUCCUGGAGUUGCAGGGACGCUGA